AUUAUUGUCAUACUGACAUCCAAUAUAACAUUACGUAACGAUUUCAGGUUGUUAUAAAAACAUUUUCUAAUAUUUAUUAAGAUAUAAGCUUUUAUCUAGUAAUAAAUAGCAUAGCAGCUGCUAAGAUGCUUACCAAGGCACAGAAGGAGCAAGACGCCAUGUUGCGUGCAUUUCGUGCCAAGUGCCGCUUCCGGGCGCUGGUGCGACAGGCCCGGGCCAACUCCUACUGGCUCAUGGAGUGUGAAGACAGCUACGACGGAGUCGACGACGUGAAGCGAAGAGUGGAGCAGGCGGUGCGAGCUGUGCGGGCUGUGAAGACGAAGAAGCAUCGGCUGACCAUAACUGACAAAGUAUUACUCUGCAAACCAGCUGAAGAGAGAACGGUGGCAGAGCAACAAUAUUUGAACAGAAUCAUUGGCGGACUAAAAUGCUUCAAGCGGUAUCCAGAUGAGGUGAAAAAGAAGCUCGCAGCAGUGACCUACUUCAAAUACUACGGCCCCGGGCGGGUCAUAGUCCGACAACACCAAGAGGCGCACGCACUCUACUUCAUCGUGACUGGUGACGUCACAGUGAGUCUGGUGUCAUGGGAUGAGCUGCUGAAGGCACCUCAGUCCACAGAUGUGGGCACUAUGCACCCUGGAGACAUGUUUGGGGAAGUGUCGUUGCUGCAUAACAUUCCUAGGACUGCUACGUGCACUACUGUAGGUCAUUGUGAACUGUUGGUGUUGAUGAAGGAAGACUUCAAAAAUGUUCUGCAGGAAUCUGUGCAGAAGCAAUGGGACAGUGUUAAAAAGGCGAUGUCCCAGUUUACUUACUUUGAUGGACUGGAUGAGGUAGCGAGACGCGAGGGCUGUAUCAUGGCGAAGAUGAAGACUUUUCAACCCAACGAUGUAAUUCUCGGCGAUGGGAUCGGCAUGACUAACUUCGUGUACUUUGUGCUCUCGGGACAUUGCGAGAUGAUCGAGUCUUUGCAGAUAUCCGCAGUGAAAUAUCGGGAUUCUGUCAGAUAUUCAUUGUACGAUCCUUACAUACCAACGCAAGAAAGUGAUCAAGAUUUUGAAGCCAAAUAUUUUUCAGCGUAUAAAAACAAGGAAGCCGUCUCUCAGGAAACUGAAAGUGAAAGUUCUACGAAUGUUUCAAGUUUAAGUGCGCCUUUACAAGUGACGCCCACUCGUCUCUCGUCGAGCCACAAUCCGGAUAGUAAAUUAGUUCGUCAGAGCAGUAAAAUAAGUGAUGACGCUGAUAAAAAUACGAUAGACAGGGCGGACCCUGAAAGCACUGAUGAUGCUACGAAAGGCGUCCCGCCUAAUCUCCGAACUUACUUUAUGAAGGUUUGCGAGAUGAGUGCCGGAGCCACAUUCGGGUUCGGCGAGAGCAUGCGCGACCGCCGCGUGGUGGCCGCCGCGCGCGUCGCCUGCAUGCUGCUGCCCAAGGUGUGGCUGCUGCAGAAGAACACCACUAAUAUCUGGACGAGAGUGCAGCGUUACCUGGAACGGAAGAUACCAACAAAGAGGCAACUCUUCAACGAGUUCGUGUCAGCGCGGCGGUGGCAGAAAUACCGGGAGCAGGUGGUCAGUGAAGUCACCAGUCGCACCAACACCAUCAACUUUACCUCCAUACACGACGUGCCUUACUACGUGAGGAUGGCCGAAAUGACUGAUUCGUGUGUUUAGUUUUACCUACUGCUUGUUUCGUGGAACAUUCCUUCUCGUGAUGAAGCGAGUGUUUAUAAUAAUAUAUUAUGUUGUAGAGUUAAGACCUCUAUUUGAAUGGUCGUUUAUUAUGAUUUUUAAGUUUCGUAAUAGGUAUGUUAUCUUAUUGUACUG